UUUUAACUAAAGAUUAAAAUUAAAAGUUACAUGUACUUAUAUAUUUUGAUAAAUUUCUGAAGAUAAUUUUAGUGGAUUUUUGUUUUUAAAAAUGUAACGUCUUUGGUACAACUUAACUGAAUUUUGUCGCAAAUUACUAACAUUUUUAUAACUUUAUUUGUUUAUUUAAUUAUUGUAAUGGGACGUGAUAAAAUUUCUAAGAAAAAAUCUAACAUAAGAAGAUAUAUUAAUAAACAAAGAACUAAAAAAUUAAGUCAUAAAGUUUUUGAAUUGUUACCAAAUGAAAUUAAAAAAGAUACUUCAUUGUUAAAAUACUGGUUCAAAAGAUACAGACUAUUCAGUAAAUUUGAUCUAGGAAUAAAACUUGAUAAAGAAAGUUGGUUCUCAGUGACACCUGAAAAAAUAAGUAAAAAUAUUGCUAAAAAAUGUUUAUGUGAUUUAUUAAUUGAUGGUUUUUGUGGUGCUGGAGGUAAUACUAUUCAAUUUGCUUUUACUUGUAAAAAAGUUAUUGCAAUAGAUAUUGAUCCAAUAAAAAUUGAACUUGCACGGAAUAAUGCUAGAGUUUAUGGUGUGGAAAAUAAAAUUGAGUUUAUUAUUGGUGAUUAUUUAUCAUUGAUUCCAACUUUGAAAGCAGAUGUAGUAUUUUUAUCUCCACCAUGGGGAGGUCCAACAUAUUUAUCACAAACAAUUUUUGAUUUGGAUAAUAUAAUGCCCCAGUAUGGAGGAGGAAAAAAUUUAUUUGAAAUGACACGCAAGGUCACUGAAAAUAUAGCUUAUUUUCUACCUAGAAAUAUUGAUUUAAAACAGUGUAUUAGAUUAGCUGGUGAUAGAAAACAUGUUGAGUUUGAAAAUAACUAUUUUAAUAACAUAUUAAAUUCAAAAACGGCAUAUUAUGGAAAUUUAGUUAAUGAAAAUAUAAGUUAAAAAUCAGUAACAAUUUGUGCAUGUAAAAUGUCUAACAAAAUGAUAUGUUUAUGUGAAGCAAACAUUUCCUUAGUCAACUUAAUGUGUUGAUACAUAUAAAUAUUUUUUUUAACAAAUAAGCUUAACAACAUAAAUAAUUAUAGAUUGAAUAUUAUUUAUAAUAAAAUAUAUUUGUUAGGAAUAUUUCUAUGUAUUAAAGAUGUAAUAAUUUUAAUAUAUGGUUAAUCUAAAACAUUACUUGACGUCAAUAUAAUUAAAAUUCAAGUAUAGUUCGAUUUUCGUUGAUAAUUAAAAAUACUUAACACUUAAAAUUAAUUAUUAUAAUUACAGUCAACAUAGUAUUUUAUUUUACAAAACAUUUUGUAUGUAUCGAACAAUAGUUAAUAUAUGUAUUAAUUCACACAUCAAAAUAUCUAUAAACAAUAAAUUUUUAUUUUACUUUGCUUAAUAUAUCCAUUUAUACCUAAUUAUAUUAUGCUGAUAUGUAUUCCUGUUUAAUAAAAACAACUAGAAAAAUUAAAAAUGUUAAGUUGUCAUUUUGAUAUGUAUCUUUUAUAACUUAUAAAUUAACAUAUUUGCAAUUUGCACUCAAUGGUUAUCAAGUUUUCUAAUAAUAAUUUUAUGAAAAUAUUAGUAAUAUAUAAUGUUAGUGUACAUUGUUAAUUAUCCAAUUACGUUUUUUCUGGUCUGUUUCUAAACAAUUCAUCAACAAUGUGUUCAUCGGCUAAAGUUGAUAUAUCUCCAACCUCUCUAUCAUUAAUAGCAAUUUUUCUAAGAACUCGUCUCAUAAUUUUACCUGAUCGUGUUUUUGGAAGUCCCGGAGCAUGUUGAAUAACAUCAGGCAUAGCAAAUGGUCCGAUAUUUUCCCUCACUAUAAUAUUUUUGAUACAUUAUUCAUUUUUGAUAUUAUAUAAAAUAAUUAUAAGACAUUUGGAAAAAGAUACUUAUAAAAAUUAAAUUACAAAUUACUUAAAUUAAUUCACUACUCAUUUUGUUUUUUAAUCAUUAUUUUAUCUAUUGUCUUUUUAUCAAAGAAUUAUACAAAAUUUUAUAAAAUCGUUAAUUUUAAUGUGAAGUUCAGAAGAUAAUUUUACUAUGAUUUUUUUUUAAAUAUAAAUUCUCAGCUCUAACUGAAUAAACUUAACUAAGAAAUACCAAAUAUAAUCAUUUUUUUUUAUUAAGCUAAUUAUUUUUUAUUAUUAAUAAAAAAUAGUUAUUAUAAGUUUCAUUAUAUUGCUAAAUUGUAACCUUUUUUUAUCAGCUCGGAAGAUAAUUUUGGUGUAAAUGGCACUCCGCUGUUAGGCGUAACAAAGCAAUAUAGGCAUUCUCCCUUUAUUGGAUGAGGCCUUGAUACUACUGCUGCUUCAGAAACAUCUGGAUGUUCAGUAAGCACGGAUUCCACUUCAGCUGUACUCAUUAAGUGUCCGGAUACAUUUAACAUAUCAUCUACUCUACCCGUUACCCACAAGUAGCCAUCUUCAUCGCGUCUAGCUCCUUAAUAAUAACAUUUUAUUAUUAUAUUUUAAUUUAAAUAUAUUAACAUAGUUUUUUGGAA